AUGGCACCCCCCAGACCCCUUCUGAUACUGGCCCUGCUGUCAUGGGCUGUUCUGGCUGACCAAGAGUCCUGCAAGGACCGCUGCACUGAGGGCUUCAACGAGAACAGGAAGUGUCAGUGUGACGAGCUCUGCUCUUACUAUCAAAGCUGCUGUGCUGACUACAUGGCUGAGUGCAAGCCCCAAGUGACUCGGGGGGACGUAUUUACUCAGCCAGAAGAUGACUAUGGAAUCUAUGAGUACCAUGAGGUGACCAAAGACAACACCAGUGUCCACAUACAACCUGAGAGCCCCACUCAGAGCCCUGGGCUGCUCGAUUACACAGAGGGUCUUGAAUCUGAGCAGGCGUUUCUAAAGCCGGAGGAAGGGACCUCAAGUCCUGAGGCAGUGACUUUAGAGAGAUGGACCAGCAACCCAGAGAUCUCUGAGUCCCCAGCAACGGAGGAGCUCUGCAGUGAGAUGCCUUUUGAUGCCUUCACAGACCUCAAGAAUGGUUCCCUCUUUGCCUUCCGAGGGCAGUACUGCUAUGAGCUUGAUGAAAAUGCAGUGAGGCCUGGCUACCCCAAGCUCAUCCAAGACGUCUGGGGCAUUGAGGGUCCCAUUGAUGCUGCCUUCACUCGCAUCAACUGUCAGGGGAAGACCUAUUUCUUCAAGGGUAGCCAGUACUGGCGCUUUGAGGAUGGUGUUCUGGACCCUGACUACCCUCGCAACAUCUCUGAAGGCUUCAUGGGCAUCCCAGACAACUUGGACGCAGCCUUCGCCCUCCCUGCCCAUAGCUACAGUGGCCGGGAGCGGGCCUACUUCUUCAAGGGGAGACAGUACUGGGAGUACGAGUUCCAGCAGCAGCCCAGCCAGAAGGAGUGUGACAGCAGCUCUACGUCGCUUGUGUUUGAGCACUUUGCCCAAAUGUAUCGGGAGAGCUGGGAGAACAUCUUUGAGCUUCUCUUCUGGGGCAGAUCGUUUGGUGGUGCCAGCAAACCCGGCUUCAUCAGUUCCGACUGGCCUGGGGUGCCAGGGAAUGUGGAUGCCGCCAUGGCUGGUCGCAUCUACAUCUCAGGCUUCGCCCCUCGCUCUUCUGGGACCAAAAAGCUAAAGUCUACACAUCGCAACCGCAAACGCUACCGGUCUAGGUCUCGUGGUGGUCGUAGUCGAGGCCACAAGUCACGCCGGCUAUCCCGGUCACCUUGGCUGUCUUGGUUCUCCAGUGAGGAGACUGGGCUAGGAAUGCACUAUGAUUACGACCUGGACUGGCUGGUGCCUGCCUCCUGCGAGCCCAUCCAGAGCGUCUACUUCUUCUCGGGAGACAAAUACUACAGAGUCAACCUUCGCACGCAGAAAGUGGACACCGUCAACCCUCCCUACCCACGCUCCAUCGCCCAAUACUGGCUGGGCUGCCCAGUUCCUGGUCGCUCAUAG